AAGAGACCUCGUUCCUCGCGCUAACCAUGGCGGAUGAAAAUAAGGAGAACUUGACUGACGGGCCAAGCAAGAAGGCACUGAAGAAAGCACAAAAGGCAGCAGAGAAAGCAGCCAAGAAGCUGAAUACAAAGCCCAAAAUGCAACAGGAACAUAAUGAAGGACCAGAAGAAGACUGUGCUGAAGGCUGCUAUGGAUUACCUAUGAAUAAGAGCCAGCAGAAACUGGAAUUUAAAACCAUUGAUAUUCGUGACCUUGGGAAAAACUUGGCCAACCAGACUGUGUUGAUACGUGCACGUCUCCAUACUUCCAGAGGGAAAGGUAAACAAGCUUUCUUUGUGUUAAGACAUCGAGAACACACAGUUCAGUGUGUAAUAGCUGUGGGGGAGAAGGUGUCGAAGCAGAUGAUAAAAUAUGUCUGCAACAUAAACAAAGAAAGCAUUAUAGAUGUUGAAGGAAAGGUGGUGAGUGCAGAUCAGAAGGUUGAGUCGUGUAGUGUUCAGGAUGUGGAGAUCCAUGUUUCAAAAGUGUUUGUAGUCUCCUCUUCAUCACCACGGCUGCCUUUGCAGAUUGAAGAUGCAAUGCGUCCUGAUGUAGAAGAAUCUGAAGGUCUGCAAAUCAAGGUCAAUCAAGACACAAGACUGGACAAUCGUGUUCUUGAUCUGAGAACUCCCACCAAUCAAGCUAUCUUCAGGCUGGAAGGUGGUGUCUGUCACCUCUUCAGGGAAGCACUGAGGGCUAAAGGAUUUACAGAGGUUAUGUGUCCCAAGCUUAUUUCAGCAGCAUCUGAAGGAGGAGCAAAUGUGUUUGGCAUGAAGUAUUUUGAAAAAGAAGCCUUCCUUGCUCAGAGUCCACAGUUGUACAAGCAGAUGGCAAUUGCAGCUGAUUUUGGAAAAGUUUUUACAAUUGGUCCUGUAUUUAGAGCAGAGAAUUCUAACACUCAUAGGCAUUUAACAGAGUUUGUUGGUCUUGAUCUGGAAAUGGCUUUUACACACCAUUAUCAUGAAGCUGUUCAUGUUAUUGGCCAGAUGUUCACAGAGAUUUUUAGGGGACUCCGUGACAAUUAUGCUGAAGAAAUUGCUAUUGUGAAUAAGCAAUUUCCUGCUGAGCCUUUCAAAUUUCUUGACCCACCUUUGAUUUUAGAGUACAGGGAAGGAGUUGCAAUGUUGAAGGAAGCUGGCAUAGAAAUGGAAGAGACAGAAGACCUCAGUACCCCCAAUGAGAAGUUUUUGGGGCGUCUUGUAAAAGCAAAAUACGAUACUGAUUUCUACAUUCUGGAUAAAUACCCGCUUGCUGUUAGACCUUUCUACACUAUGCCAGAUCCAUCAGACCCCAAGUGGAGCAACUCCUAUGAUAUGUUUAUGCGAGGUGAAGAAAUUUUGUCAGGAGCACAGCGAAUCCACGAUGCCGACUUUCUUGUUGAGAGGGCUAAAGCACAUGAAAUACCUAUCCAUACAAUUCAGUCAUAUAUUGAUUCCUUCAAGUAUGGAUGCCCACCCCAUGCUGGUGGAGGUAUAGGUCUGGAGAGAGUCACUAUGCUCUACCUUGGUCUGGAUAACAUUAGGAAGACCUCCAUGUUCCCAAGGGACCCCAAGAGAAUCACUCCUUAAUUCACAAGGCUUCAGAUGUACACAUGAAAAUAGGCAUCAUUCCUGACAACAACUUUAUUGAUUUGUGAAACACUUUAAGAUUGGCUAAUGAUCACCAACACCUAUGUAAUUGAAAAUUAUUUAUUUAUUACUUUCAGGGUACUAAAGCUAUUUCAGAUAUUCUACCUGAACCUAUCAGUACACAUGUUAAAUGCUGCAAAAUGUGACAUGUACAACAUUCAAAGAGAUCAUGAAUUUUGAAAGGUGCCUUAAACUCUUUUAGCCAAAACAUCAUCACCAUUAAAGAGUUCAUAAAAAUAGGAAGUAUGGAAGUUUAUUAUAACCUAAGAGUACAUUUGUAUCUUGCUGUUUUUAAAUGUUUCAGUUGGAUUAAAAGUGCUGUAAAUCCUAUGGGAUUAUCUCUUUCUUUUCCUCUAAGAGGUUGCUGUUUGUAGUUUGUUUUUCUAUUAUACAUUUUCCAUUUGUAAAUGUUGGUAACCACUUCUGUAUUUCGAAAAGCAACUAGUGUUGGGAGAAAAAUAACAGCAGUGAAGACAUUGAAUCAUGCAAAUACAUGUCCCAAAUUUCCUUAAAAUGUCAAAUCAGUACAUAAAUUUUAAAAAUGUAUUGACAUCUUUGUUAACCUUGACAAGACCUAUGAUGUAGCUGUAUCAGGUGAUCUAGUAAUUGCAUUUAUUUAUACCUGUUGAACCAUGUAAAAGUGUUUACACCUGAUACAGGUACUAAAUUUUGCCACUGAAAUUAAGAAGUUAUUUCUUCAUCAUUUGUUUGGAAUAUUGUACAAUUAUAUUUUUCUUUUUUUCACCUUAUUUUAAAUGUCUUAACUAUACAGUUUUUGUAUAUUUUCUAUCAUUUAAUAAUGAUAAUGGUAAGACUUUUGUAAGGUUGCCAGUGAUUGGGUCUCUAUUCUUCCAUUCUUUACAUGAAAUGCAUUUGAAGUGUUUAGUAAAAAAUAAUAAAAUUGUUUUAUUAAUUUAAUGUACCAAGGAGAUUGUGUGUAUAAAGAAAUAAAAGCUCAAGAUAAGAGAUAAAAAGUU